GAUCUUUGAUAAAGAUUAGAGAAGAUAAUCGACUGUGGAUGCAUGAUUGGUUAAGAGAUAUUGGAAGAAAUCUUAUACAACAAGGAAGUGGUUGGCAACCAGAGAAGCAACGAUGGGUGUGGACUCAUGCACAAGCAUUGGAAAUUCUGGAGAAAUUGCAGAUGGGAGGAGUUCAUGGAAUUGAAAGUAUCGAAGCAAUAUGUCUCAAGCUUGAUGAAAUAUCUCAAUACUCCUUGAUUAAAGAAUGCCUAGCAAGUCUUUCAAAUCUAAGAUUCCUUCAAGUGGAUAGCAAAGACUUUGAUGAUAUCACAAAGUCUGUCCUUACUCAAGUGAGUGGUUUUCUAAGUUACCAGUGCUCAAAUUUUGUUCAAACCACAUUUAGCAGGCUUAUCCUUCCGGAGUUGAGAUGGCUUUCAUGGAGAUACUUACCUCUGGCUUUUAAGCUGACCAAUUUCUCCAUGAGGAGGCUACUAAUCCUUGAUUUGUCAAUGAGUAGAGUCACCGAAAAAUGGGAUGGAUGGAGCCACAUCAAGUUGGCUAAGAAUUUGAAGGUCCUAAAUCUGACUGGAUGCAUGAAGUACCGUAAAACCCCAAACUUGUCUUUUCAUGUGAAUUUAGAGCGACUAAUCCUCGAAAGUUGUGAGAAUUUAGUUCAAAUUCAUACAUCGAUUAGUCAGCUUAAGAAGUUAGUCUUCUUAAACUUGAAGGAUUGUAAUAAUCUUCGAGAGCUACCAAACGAGAUGGGGGCACUAGAAUCUUUGAGGGAACUUCUUCUUGACUCUACAGCUAUAGAAGAGAUCCCUGAAUGGAGAAGGAUGAAAAAACUAGAAAUUCUUAGCUUGGACAAGUGUACAUUACUGAACAAGUUCAGUUUUGUUGGUUGCGUAGCUGCAGCAACGACCCUCUCAUUAGUGGAUAGCCACUUGACUCAACUACCUAAGUCGAUUGAAAUUUUCAACUCUCUGAUUCACUUGAAUCUAUCAAGUACAAAUAUGCGGGAGUUACCUAAUGUAACUGGGAACAUGAAAAAUUUGAAAGUUCUAAAGAUGAGAUGCCCCUUGAGAAAACUAUCUAGCACCAUUGGAAUGUUGGAGAAGCUUGAAGAGCUAGAGGCAUGGGGUACUUUUAAAGAAAUUCCCGAUAAUAUUGGGGAUCUACGACUUCUAAAAAAAUUGAUAUUGGGUAGCCCCAGAAUUUCGAUGGUGCCUCGACUUCCAGAAAGUCUAGUCAAUCUAUGUUGUAAAACAACCUCGAUGGAGACUUUGCCAAACUUCUCAAACCUAAUAAAUUUGAGAAAUUUGAGGUUGACUUUGUUGCUUAAUCACAAGGGUCCUUCUAAACUUGAAGCAACUCCAAGUGCACAGUGGAUUGGAACAUUACAGAUGCUCGAGUUCUUGAAGUUGUCUUCUCCUUAUAUCGCCACCCUAUCCUCUGAUCUCAUUCUCCUUUCUCAACUGAAGAAACUCAAGCUCGAAUGUUGUCAUUUGCAAUGCCUACCUAGGCUUCCGACAAAUUUGUCAUACUUAAGUAUCAAGUCUUGUCGGAGAAUGAAAACAGCCAAUGAUCUUUCAAAUUUAAAAGCAUUAUUAGAUUUGGUCAUUGUUGGUUGUGAUGAGCUAACAGAGAUUCGAGGCCUCGAAGGUUUGGAGAACCUAAGAACAUUAGAGCUUGUGGCACUUCCAUCAUUGGUGAAGUUGCCUGAUCUGACUAACUUGAAAAAGCUCAAGAAAAUUCAUUUAAAUGAUUGUCCUAAGCUGUUUGAGAUUCUAGGUGGUCCAGAAUCGUUGGAGAUACUUCACAUUGUCAACUGUUCAAAUCUGCAAAAGUUUCCUGAUCCAUCAAGCUUGAAGAAUCUCGAAGUUUGGAAUCCUGAAACCAAGGAAUCAACAUCAGAUCUUGUUUUCCAAGAAUUCGUUAAUGUCAACACAUGAAUGUAGAAAGUUAUUCUUUUGUGUUGAAAUAGCAGGUGUUCGUUUUUUUGUUCCCCACUUUCUCCUCUUAAAGUACAGUGAGAAUGAAUAAAUGUGUAAUUUUAUUAGCCACGGACU